AUGAAGCUACUGGACAUUACUGUAUCAGAAAAACCCAGCCUGUGGAUAUUCGGAUAUGGCUCAUUAGUCUGGAAACCAGACUUCAAAUACAAGAGAAACUACGUCGGCUAUAUCAAAGGAUUUAGUAGACGCUUCUGGCAUGGGGACAAUUUUCAUCGAGGAGACAAAGACUUGCCAGGUAGAGUGGUGACUUUAGUGGAAGAUCAUGAUGCUUGCACCUGGGGGGUAGCCUACGAGGUCACCGACUCCCAAAUGGACGAGUCUCUGCAGUAUCUGAAUGUGAGAGAGGCUGUGCUGGGGGGCUACGCCACCAAGAUGGUGGAGUUCACUCCCAGAGAGAAGUGCCAAGGGUCUCUGCUUGCCCUGGUCUACAUCGCCACCUCUGACAACCCCAUAUAUCUUGGGCCUGCCACUCCCACAGAGAUAGCUUCUCAGAUUGCCAUCUGCAGAGGCAACACGGGCCACAACAUAGAGUACCUCCUUCGCCUGGCUGAGUUCAUGAGGCUGUACUGUCCUGAGGUAGAGGAUGACCAUCUCUUCUCCAUAGAGGCAGCCGCCCUGGCUCUGCUCAUCUGAACUACCAGGGCCAGUGAUACCAGUGAUACUCACAUAAGACCAACGAUACGACCACUCAAUGCUACGACACGCGCAACCCUACUUGUUAAUAUGAUCAAUGUGAAGACAAUGACAAUAUGAAGAGAGUGCGAGUCACUAUAACUCAUAAAAAGGGUCAACAUGUCAUGAUCACUGUUUUUGUUGUCCAUUGUUUGUGACAUUGAAAUGUUUUAGGUUAAUGGGCAAUGAGAUUACAAGUACGGUGCCUUAUGUUUCUCUACAAGGUGUGUAAAGGGAAAUCUGAAAUUCUUAUAUUUCCUGCAAUCUUGUGCAAAAAUGGUGACAGAAUUCACCUUAACCUUUCCCAGUAACUUGGUUAGUAAGGACUAUGUUUGUACACAAAUCUGCUUUCUA